AUGGUACUAAAAUUUGGUAAAGGCGGCAUCAGUACGGGCAGUACCCUACGCUUGACCAACACCGCACAUAUAAGAAGAAACGGUUCAACGUCGUGCAUUUACAUGCAUGAGAUAGAAGACAAAACAGUGGACGUCAAAGUGGCUAAAUUUUUGGAAUCAGCAUCUGUUUUUUACUCGUUAAACAAGAAAGGACGAUGGAAACUGCCAGAAAUUAUCGAAGAGAAGAUCCAGUCCGAGCUGCCGAGUGCCGACGUGAAAGUGACAUUGAUGAAACUCCACAAACUUCACAGAAAGAACAACUGUAUAGGAUAUUUUACUAACAAGGGAAGUGUUAAAUCGGUAGUUCCUAAGAAAACGAAAUACGUCAACCGCCUAAGUGUCGUUAAUGUUAACCGAAAACCCUUUCGGAACAGGCGCAGAAGACGAAAUAGAGAAGUUGAGCCAGAUCGUAACAUUGCAGACGACAAUGAAAUAAAGUACCAUAUCGUGUAUCCGACACCGUCAUCGAGUGCAGUAACGCACACCAAUCCACAAAAGAUUGGUCACGAUGUGAUGCUGAACACGCACAACCUCGGCAAGACUGCUGUCAGAUCGAAAUGUAGAAAAUGGCGCUGCAUUGAACGUGAUGUGAGAUGUGAUAUGGACUAUACUGAUUAUGAUGCUGUUGAUGAGGAUUCGGGGUUCGAUACGAUAGAAGAAGUGCAUCAAUCUCAAAAACGCUCCUCGUUUUCCGAAUAUUUUGAAAGUGCCCUCGGUCGACCAUCCGACAUCAGGAUCAAAACAAGAAGAAGGCCAGUUAAAAAGUUGCGGAAGCUUAGAAAUAAACCAAUGCUGCACUAUUUAGAGACCCAGGUCAUGGAAGUGGAAGAAGAAAAUUCGGAGUUCGUCUACUCAAGGCCGCCAACUACGGAGUGUCAGCCAGUAGAUGUUCUUAUUUCAAACCAGGAAUCGAAUCCAGAUCAUCUGAAGACGAAAUAUGGUGACAAGGUCACGUUUGCUCAAUGUGAACCUCGAACUUUUAUCAUUGAUAUUACAAACGAAGUUUUUGUUAGACUGAGAAACUUAAAACUUUUUACCAAAUUGAUUUAUGAAGAUAAGGUUUGGGAAAUAGGAAGAGUUUUUGUUAGACUGAGAAACCUAAAACUUUUUACCAAAUUGAUUUAUGAAGAGAAGUUUUUGUUAGACUGUGAAGCUUAA